CAUGCUCGGCGCAAGCGCAAUCGCAAUCAGCCCACGACGUGCGGCGAGGAGGUCGCUUGGCCUGCUCUGCGUGAUGGUGCUCACACUUUUCCUCAGCCAGGGUCUCCAAGUACCCGACCGAGAAACCGCCACUACUGGUCCUGCAAAACCUCCACAGCCGAAAAAUUGGACGGGCCUCAACUGGACACGGGCGCGGAUAGGAAAGAGUUGGCAUGCACGCACAAAGCAGAAGGUUCUGGAUGUUGGGCAUAGUAGCGAAAACGAGGAAGGAGGUCGAACGGACAGCCUGGAGAAGCACGUCUAUCGCACGGAUGGACUGCUAGAGGUCAACCCAAAUGGACCGCACCCGAUCUUCGAACUGAUGCAUCGAGCUGAAAAGGAAUGGGAGGAAAAACUGCUGCGGGCGAGCAAGACGCUCGAGCAGGCUGUUGCAGAGUACCAACGACGAUACAAACGAAUGCCUCCGCCUGGCUUCGACGACUGGUGGGCGUACGUCGAAUAUCACAACGUGCAACUGCCAGACGAGUAUGACCAGAUCUAUCGAGACCUGGAGCCAUUUCAUGGCAUGAAUCCCAAGGAUCUGUUAAAGAUUCAGCACGAUUGGGAAGCCCAUGAAGAUUCGUUUACUGUCGGGAAAGAUACGAUGGAGGAGCCCAUUGCGUUGAAGAAUUGCUCUCUUCCUGGAGGUGAUGUUUCGCGAACAGGACUCGCGAAGGGCGCGUACGAGAUUAUGGAACUGCUUAAGGAGAUUGAGCGCUCGAUACCACCGUUCAGAGCUGUCUUUUCGCCCCACGACAACCCAAACUUGGCGACAGAUUACGAGCUCAGAGAGAUGGCGAUUGAAGCCGCUGCUGCUGGGAAAGAUAUCGACAUAAACAAAGCACUUCCUGCCAAACUUUCCGGCUGGAUAGCGGCCUGCGCACCCAAAUCCCCAGCUCGCAAUCAGCGAAUCAACUGGGGCGGACCACCAACGUCCCAGUCUUCCAACUCCAAUACCUUUAUUUACGACCACUACCGCUCCAUGGACCCCUGCCUACACCCUUCCCAUCUUCUUCUGCAUGGCCAGUUUAUCUCACACCGACGCGGCCCAGUUCCGCAUCGCACCCUUGUCCCACAGUUCUCCUUCUGCGUGACAAGACUACACCACGACUUCAUCUCUGCGAUGCCAAUCAACUGGAUUGAGGACAUUGAGCCGCGCGAGGACGAUCCGCAGUGGGAAGAGAGAUGGGACCCGCGGCUACAGUGGAGAGGCAGCAACACCGGCAUUUGGCAUGAUGACGACAGAAGGUGGGAUUUGGCACAAAGGGCGAGGCUGGUUCGAUGGGCAGGGGAUGGGUAUGACCUCGACCUCGAUAAGUUUGGCGAUCUUAGCAAAAAUGUGACCAUCUUGAUGCCCGUUGAGGAGGGUCAGAAGGUGGGACUUGGUGCUGAUGUUCGCAAGGCAUUCUGGGCGCCAGCGAUGGUUGAUAUCGCCUUUGCUGGCGAGCCGUUGAGUUGCCCACCUGAGAUGUGCGAAAGGCUGGAGAAGAUUUUUGAGUUUCGACGCUAUCAGAGCGGGGGCGAGGCGGGAAGGUAUAAAUAUGUUAUUGAGGUCGAUGGUAACGGAUGGUCGAGUCGUUUCAAGAGGCUGAUAACCUCCAACGCUCUUGUUUUCAAGUCGACGAUAUACCCUGAAUGGUAUACCGACCGUGUUGCUCCUUGGGUUCACUACGUCCCAAUACAAGUGGACUUGUCAGAUCUCUGGGAUGUCUUGACGUUCUUCCGUGGCGAUCCCUCAUGCAAUGGCGCCCACGACGAUCAUGCAAAGAGGAUUGCGAAAGCUGGCCGUGAAUGGAGCAAGUCUUUCUGGAGGAAGGAAGACAUGGUGGCGUAUAUGUUCAGGUUAUUCCUCGAGUAUGCGCGAGUGAUGGAUCCGGAGAGGAAGGCAUACGAUCCAUCUGCUUCGAAUGUAAAUAGCUUCGGCUGGAAGAGGAGGCAGGCAGACGAGCCGAGACCCCCAUG